UUGAGGUUUAUUAUUUAUGCUUAUGGCAGGACAACCUCCCUCCCUCUCUAACGUUCACACUUAUAAAAGUGACUGCUUUAGUGAAGAGUCACAUUCACACAUUUGGGUUCUUGGAUUCUUCCUCAUUUCUGUUCUGUGGUUAUUUUUCAAGGAUUCUGUGAGCUGUUGAAGAAAAUGUUGGAUGUGAUGUUGUUCUGUCUGUGUUUGUGGAGUCUGUCUGGUGUGUUUGGUACAGAGUUUAUGCAAGUAAUAGAAGGAGAUUGUGUUACUCUACCCAUGAAUCUCACUGAACAUCAGAGGAAACAGGGAAUCUCUUGGAAGUUUGGAGCUCGAGGAUUUCUCAUAGCUGAAAUCACCAGAGGAAACGGUAAAGUCAAGACAUAUGAAGAUCAAGCUGAUGGAAGAUUCAGAGACAGACUGAUGCUGGAUCAAACUGGAUCUCUCACCAUCAUAAACAUCACAGCAAACGACUCCGGACUUUAUGAAGUGAGCAACACCAGCACCAACGCCAAACUCAAGACAUUCAACAUUAAUGUCCACGAUCAGCUACCUGGUUCUCUCACCUCAGGCUUCUGCAGUUGUGGUUUCACUGAAGCUGCGAUCCGAUUGGUCCUCUCUGCUCUGGUAGGCGUGGCUGUUGUUGCUGUAAUGGUUUCUGACAUCAGAUACAGAAAAAAUGGACAGAAGAUGGGAUCUGACCAGAAGAAGAAAACAGAAGAAGAUGGGAUCAGAACAGAAGAAGAUGGGAUCAGACCAGAAGAAGAUGGGAUCAGACCAGAAGAAGAUGGGAUCAGACCGGAAGAAGAUGGGAUCAGACCAGAAGAAGAUGGGAUCAGACCAGAAAAAGAUGGGAUAAGAACAGAAGAAGAUCAGAUCAGACCAGAAGAAGAUGGGAUCAGACCAGGAGAUGAUGGGAUCACACCAGGAGAAGAUGGGAUCUGACCAGAAGAAGAUGGGAUCAGACCAGAAGAAGAUGGGAUCAGACCAGAAGAAAUUGGGAUCGGACAUUCAGUUAACUGACCAAUGAAUUUAACAGUUCUAGUGUCUUCUCUCUCAAUUAUAUAUCUUUUUUAAUUCAGCUUAACUUUCGGAUAACAUCUCACAAAUCACUGUCAUUCUGCCAACAGUCUGUUAACACUGUUUAUUUAAUACACUUGCUAAAACAUUUGUUGUUAUUACAGAUCGUUCUAUCUACUCGAUUCUAGUUUAAGUUUUAUUAGUAAAGCUUAA